AUGAUAUUAAUGGACAAUUCAAACGAUAGUAUGAAUGUCUUGAUAGCCGGACAUAUUGCCGGUUCGAUCUGGCUUUUUCUCGGACAAACCGCGGUCACGGUUUUCUCCUACGGUCUUGGUAUAAGCUUUCUUCCUGAAAGAAACACUUUAUUUCGGUCUACGUUCUUUCUCUUCCGGCAAGAAGAACUGCUUCGAUCUUGGCCGUUCGGUCUGUUACAGCUUUCGUUCUUCUUCUCCAGUAACGGUCUUCUCUUUCUUUUCACCAGCGAGUUCUUCGGUCUUUCUUUCAAGCCAUUCGGUCUAUUACGGCUUCGGUCUUUUCUCACUGGUCUCUUCUUUCUUAUGCCGAUAACUGAUGCUAUCCUUCAAGAUGUGACUAAAGAAAACAAGGAAUUUGAAGAUCUAAAUCAGCUUCAAAAGGCUCUCACUGAGCAAUUUAAGGGCAAACGAUUUCUACUAGUAGUUGAUGAUGUGUGGAGUGAAAACUAUGGUGAUUGGGAAAACCUAGUGCGCCCAUUUCUAUCAUGUGCUCCUGGAAGUAGGAUAAUCAUGACAACUCGUAAGGAGCAACUGCUCAAACAGAUAGGUUUUCAUAAUGUAGACCGUCUCAAGAGUUUGUCGAAUGAAGAUGCAUUGCGUUUAUUUGCAGUACAUGCAUUGGGGGUAGAUAACUUCGACUCACACACGACACUUAAACCGCAAGGUGAAGGUAUUGUAAAAAAGUGUGGUUGUUUGCCUUUGGCUUUAAAGGCAAUUGGAAGGCUUUUAAGGAUGAAAACAGAUAGAGAAGACUGGGAUGACGUGUUGAAUAGCGAGAUGGAUGUAGAAAUUGGUAAUGCCACUGAAAAUGGUAAAGAUGUGGAAAAUAGUGAUAAGAUUGUUCCAGCACUUAGGAUAAGCUACCAUGAACUUUCUGCAGAUUUGAAGCAGUUGUUUGCAUACUGUUCCUUGUUCCCCAAAGACUUUUUGUUUGACAAGGAGGAAUUGGUAUCAUUGUGGAUGGCGGAAGGGUUUUUGAACCCAUCCAAGUCACCAGAACGCUUGGGCCGUGAAUAUUUUGAAAUUUUAUUAUCAAGGUCAUUUUUCCAACAUGCACCUAAUGAUGAAUCAUUGUUUAUCAUGCAUGAUCUGAUGAAUGACUUGGCCACUUUUGUUGCCGGAGAAUUUUUUCUAAGGUUUGACAAUCAUAUGAAGACAAAGACAGAAGCUUUGGCAAAGUAUCGCCAUAUGUCAUUUACUCGCGAGGAGUAUGUAGGUUAUCAAAAGUUUGAGGCAUUCAAAGGAGCCAAAAGCUUGAGAACAUUUUUAGCUGUAUCUCUCGGUGUGGAUAAAGGAUGGGAAUGUUAUUACUUAUCCUCUAAGAUUUUGGAUGACUUACUUCCAGAGUUAACAUUGUUAAGGGUCCUUUCUUUGAGGCGUUUUCAGAUAAGUAAGGUACCCGAGUUCAUUGGUACUUUGAAACACUUGCGGUAUCUGAACUUAUCUCGAACAAAUAUAAAAGAGUUACCGGAGAAUGUUACGACAUUUGGACAUAAGACAUACUCCGUUGGAGAUGAUGGCUUUGCAAUAAAUGAGCUCAAGGGAUUAACAAAUCUCCAUGGGAAAGUUUCCAUUGAGGGAUUGCACAAAGUGCAAAGCGCAAAGCAUGCACGGGAGGCGAACUUAUCUCUAAAAAAGAUUAAUGGAUUAGAGCUGCAAUGGGUUGAUGUGUUUGAUGGCUCACGAAUGGAUACACUUGAAGAGGAAGUUCUCAAUGAGCUGAAACCUAAUAGUGAUACGUUGAAAACGCUUUCAGUCGUGUCAUACGGGGGAACACAAAUUUCAAAUUGGGUUGGUGAUCGCUCUUUUCAUGAGUUGGUUAAUGUGUCAAUACGCGGUUAUUCAGGCAUGGAUGAGGUUAAAGUCAUAGGUUUGGAGUUAACCGGAAAUGAUGUUAACGCCUUCCGUUCACUCGAAGUUCUAACAUUUGAAGAUAUGUCUGGAUGGGAGGGGUGGUCAACUAAAAAUGAGGGUUCAGCAGCAGUGUUUACGUGCCUUAAAGAGCUUUAUGUGAAGAAUUGUCCACAACUGAUUAAUGUCUCACUUCAAGCACUGCCUUCACUCAAGGUUCUUGAAAAUUUCAGAUGUGGUGAUGGUGUGUUGAGAAGUGUGGUUCAGGUAGCUUCAUCAGUCACUAGGUUGGAAAUAAGUUAUGUAUCAGGGCUUACAUAUGAGGUGUGGAGAGGAGUUAUAAGGUAUCUUAGGGAAGUUGAAGAAUUAAGUAUCAGGGGAUGUGAUGAAAUAAAAUACUUGUGGGAAUCAGAAACAGAGGCAAGUAAGCUUCUUGUGAGAUUAAAGGAAUUGAGAUUACAGUAUUGUUCAGGUUUGGUAAGUUUAGAAGAGAAAGAGGAGGAUGGCACCCUGUUAUCUCUUAGAAGUUUGUCUGUAGAUUCUUGUAGAAGCAUAAAGCGUUUAUGCUGUCCAAAUAGCAUUGAGAGUUUGGAUAUUGAAGAUUGCUCAGUUAUUACAGAUGUCUACCUCCCAAAAGAAGGAGGGAAUAAGCUCAAAUCACUUCGUGUAGUCGAUUGUGAUAAACUUGAGGGAAAAAUCAACAACACAAGCAUGCCAAUGCUUGAAACCCUAUAUAUUGAUAAUUGGGAAAAUCUAAGAUCAAUCAGUGAAUUGAGUAACUCCACUCACCUCACCAGCCUGGAUAUAAAGCGAUGCCCACAUAUCGUGUCACUUCCAGAGCUUCAGCUAUCAAACCUCACCAGUUUGGAAAUUUAUGAAUUUUCCAACUUCCCUUGUUGA